AGUAGGGUGGGCCCUGAUCCAAUGUCUGGUGUCCCCGUAAGAGAAAGGAGGGGAGGAGGUGAGACACAGACAUUCAGUGGAGAAGCCCACUUGAGGAUAGAGGCAGAGAUGAAGGAUGCAGCCACAAGCGAAGAAUGUCUGGCCACCAUCAGAAGCUGGAAGAUGCAGAAAGAAUCCUCCCCUGGAGCCUUCAGAGAGUGCGUGUCCCACGGAGAACUUGAUCUUGAACUUCCGUCUGCCUGAACUGCGAGGCAUCAAUGUCCACGUUAAGGCUCCAGUUGGGGGCCACUUGUUAUGGCAGCCCCAGGAAAUGAGCACUGGUAGCAAGGAUGAGCACAGCAUCAAAGCCAAGUCCCUGUUCCCGUUGCCCUCACUGGCACAGAAGGACAGGGGUCUUGUCAUUUUUCAGAGGACAUGUGAGGAAAAUAAUGAACUAAAGAAAAAGUGCAAAACUAUAUACACCUGAGUUUGUUUUAAGGUAUUUUAAGAUAAAGCAAACAAACAGUUUCCCUAAGGAAAUGGCAUAAACAGGAACCAGGAAAUGACUGUGUGUCCAGCAUCACUCCUGACCCUGGGCAGGCAUAUAAAGGGCCCAGGCUCAGGAAGCUCCACACCUGCACACCUCCCUCUCACCUGCUCCUCUACCUGCUCCACCCUCAACCCACCAGAACCAUGGGCUGCUGUGGCUGCUCUGGAGGCUGCGGCUCCGGCUGUGGAGGCUGUGGCUCCAGCUGCUGUGUGCCUGUCUGCUGCUGCAAGCCUGUGUGCUGCUGUGUGCCAGCCUGUUCCUGCUCCAGCUGUGGCUCCUGUGGGGGUUCCAAGGGGGGCUGUGGCUCCUGUGGGAGCAGCAAGGGGGGUUGUAGUUCUUGUGGGGGCUCCAAAGGGGGCUGUGGAUCUUGUGGCUGCUGCCAGUCCAGCUGCUGCAAGCCCUGCUGCUGCUCCUCAGGCUGUGGGUCAUCCUGCUGCCAGUCCAGCUGCUGUAAGCCCUGCUGCUGCUCCUCAGGCUGUGGGUCAUCCUGCUGCCAGUCCAGCUGCUGUAAGCCCUGCUGCUCCUCAGGCUGUGGGUCAUCCUGCUGCCAGUCCAGCUGCUGUAAGCCCUGCUGCUCCUCAGGCUGUGGAUCAUCCUGCUGCCAGUCCAGCUGCUGUAAGCCCUGCUGCUCCUCAGGCUGUGGAUCAUCCUGCUGCCAGUCCAGCUGCUGUAAGCCCUGCUGCUCCUCAGGCUGUGGGUCAUCCUGCUGCCAGUCCACCUGCUGCAAACCCUGCUGUUCCCAGUCCAGCUGCUGUGUCCCCGUGUGCUGCCAGUGCAAGAUCUGAGGGUGUGACUUUGGAUCUCAGGUGAGUCCAGCAUGUCCACACUACCCAAGAAGUGACCAGCGCUGCAUUUCAGUCCUGUCUGUCCCACAGCUCUACAAGUUGUGUCCCCUGAAUUUUGUGGAAGGUGAUGACUCCAGGUUCUUGGCCUGUGCUGACCCUUUCCAGUCGUUCUUCAUGAGAACUCUCUUCCUCUCUCCUGAUGCCCAGCACCCUCCCAGUUCCCAGAGCCCUACAAUCUCCUCUGACAAGCCCCUUGCCAGGUCCUGCUGGGACAGGGCCCUCCCUGUCCAUGACUCCUCCUGUCCUCCUUCUCCAGAGCAGUGGCAGGUCGGGGAGGCAGUGGAGAUCUGCCCCCAACCCCAAAAGGCUCCAAACCUUCCUCCCCAGGAGGUGGCCACUCUUGUGGCUUCUCUCUCAGUUAAGGUUCUCCAGGACCCGAGACACUUUAAAUCAACACAUUUCCCACCCACAAGGCUUGCUCUCACUGCAGCUUUCAAAAAAAAAAUAAAACUUUUAUUUUAGGUUCAGAGGAGCAUGUGCAGGUCUGUUACGUAGGUUAACUCAUGUCCUGGGGGUGUGUCAUAGAGAUUAUUUCAUCACCCAGGCACUAAACCAAAUACCCAUUAGUUAUUUUUCCUGUUCCUCUCCCUCCUCC